UCGUUAAAUAAAAGUCGUCCAGACCUGUUCGUGGGAAGAUCAAGAUUUUUAAAAUUGAGAAAAAAAUAAUAAAACAUUACAAUUAUAAUUAAAGAUAUUGUGAAAUUGAAUUGAAAAUAUAGUAAUAGAGUUUCAAGAAAUAUUUGUAAAAGUAUAGUAUUUAAAAAUUAAAGUUUAAUAAGAAAAAUACAAAUUUUACAAAAUAACUACGCAAUUUGUUAAUUAUUUUACAAGGAGUUAAAAAAAAACAUAAACGAAAGUGUUGAGCAUAUAAAAUAUUACGAAAAAGAAAUAAACGAGUAAUAACUUGAAAGAUUUUUUUUAUUAUUUGUUUUUAUUUCAAAAAAAAUCAAAAUUUUUUCCUACAAAAUGUCGGCUACUCCACCAAAAAUGAAUGAAGAUUUGCUGGGCGAAUCUUGGAUUGAAUUAAGUACAGCUGCUACUAUGGCUGGUGUUAAGAGUCCAGAUAGAAUUACACCAUUACCUUUUGCAAAUGGUGAAGAAUAUCUACGUUUGUUACGGGAAGCUCAACGGGAAUCGAAUCAAUCCAGUCGUGUCGUUUCAUUGGCCAGUUCGCGACGUGAUACACCUAGAGACAGUCCCAAAUCUCCUCCCAAUAGUCCAAAUACCGAAUUAUGUGCUGAGGAUGAAUUGAAAAAUGUUUAUAUUAAUUAUUGGAAUAAGACUGGCGAAACACAAAAAGACACUGAUUGGUUAGAUGAAUGGAACAGUCGACCCGAUCAACAGCCACCUAAAGAUUGGAAAUUUGAACAUCCACAAAAUCAACAGAAAAAGAAAACAGCUGGUUAUUCCAUACGUCUAACUAGAGUGGGUAAAAAUUCUUUAUUUUCACGUGAAAUUCUAUAUUCCCUUAUACUCUCAAAUGUUUUGUCACUUUUAUUGGGAGCCGGUUUAGGGUUAUGGCUUAGCAAACGUGGUAUUCUAUUUACUAGAGUGGUUAUUGACUGAACAGCUUUUUCUUUCUCUCUCUCUCUCUCCAGCAUUCUUGUUCUUCUAAAAGCUAUCUAUUUAUAAAGUGUGAUUUAUAAAAAAAAAAACUAUUUCUAUUUUUUUUUACUUGAUACAUUAAUUAUUUAAACUUUUAAUACAUUUUUCACUUAAAAUA